AUGGACAAUUCUUCUCCAAACCCACUAACUACUAUCUUUGGGAACUUGUCAAUUGUAGACCAUGGGGCCCAACCGCAACAUGACGGUUCUUCAAAUCCGGGACGAUCAUCCCCCUGGCAAACCAUUGCGGCACCUGCCCCACCUAACUCACACUCUGAAUUUUCGUCCUCGCCUAGUACCGUUUAUGUCUUCGGCCAGCAGUUUUCAAAACAAAACGCCAGCUCUCAGAGUAUCUUUCGAUUCGGUUCUAGUGAUCACGAUGCUGGAUCCGCAAUCAAUGACCCUCAGGGUAAUUCGUUCUCGUUCCACGGGCUACACAAUAUGACGCCACUUCCUUCACCUUCACCAUCCCCUCGGCCGUCCCCCUUUCCCCCGCGAAAAAUCCUCCCACUGCCACAGUCAAAGACAUCUCAACUGCAAUCGCCCUUCGGAUGUGUCACAGCCACUCCUGAACAAAGUGGUCGAGGAGUAUCUGCAAGCAACACCCAAACACAUCUGUCCCCAUUCCUUUCGCCUUCAAGUUCACCGUUAGGCAGUCGACAGCGAUCACUUUCCUUUACACCGGCAGCACCUCCUACUCCCAGCAUCGUACAAAAUGAGACGCCAGGCUCAGAUCAUGUACCGUCCCCAACUCCUGCGCCGCCAGCGCCGGUCACACCGUAUGAUCCUAGACAAGAGCCAGCACCUAUUCAUACCCUCUUUACGUCCACUCUUCAAGAUGCACUGAAGGAAGAAGCAGACUCAGAGCUCUCCAAGUUCCUGGAUGACGCGAAAGAUUUGCAAGGAUUCCAGGGCACUGACACACGCACAGUUGCUGUGCUGGGAGCUUCAGGGGAAGGAAAAAGCAGUUUGAUCAAUUCACUCCUUCAUUUUCCAGGAGUUGCUGAAACGGGUGACCUUGGAUCCGCCUGCACCUCAGUUGUCACCGAGUAUCGACAGAAGAAGGCAGAUCAGACUGAGCCCAUUACCAUUAACGUGGAGUACCUUUCUAUGACUGAGAUCCGGGAGCUUAUCCAUGAGCUUCUGUGGAGCUAUAGACAGCUGUUUCUUCCAACUGUCGAGUCUAACGAGACAUCUGAGCAAGAGUACAAUCGCUAUAUCAGAGAAUCGGAGCUAGCAUGGUCUGCGUUGAGGGCCGCAUUCAAGCACAAAAGGCAGUUCACGCCGAAGUUUGCCCAGGAUACGUCUGAUGGAGCUUUGGAAAGGAUCACGAAUCAACUAGUCGAUUGGACUAGGGAGAUUGAGUGGCCUACGAGUGGCGCCGACGGCUUUUGGACAUCGACAGCACAGACAGCUGAAGAAUGUGUCCAACAAACGAAAUUGUUCAUGCAAGAUAAGUUAUGGCCAUUUACGAAACUUAUCCGCGUGUAUCUCAACUCCCAAGUUCUAAAGACCGGAAUUGUCCUCGCGGACUUACCUGGACUCCAAGACACGAAUUUAGCAAGAGUCCGAGCAACUCAGGAUUAUCUCAUUAAAUGUGAUAACAUCAUGAUUGUUGCCAAGAUAUCACGGGCUAUCACCGACCAAUCUCUCAAGUCUUCGCUAUUUUACGUUUUGUCUCGCCAUGUACCGACAGAAUGGGAACAAUCCGGCACCCAAAGGCUGAAAGUUGCUGUCGUUUAUACGAAGUCAGAGGACAUCAACCUCGGUACAGCGAGACGCGAAUUCUGCGGUCCCGAUAAAGCUAUAUCGACUGAUACGAUGGCAAGACUGGACACUGAGCUUGACGCCGCAAAGAUCUCUGGAGAUAGAACAAAGAAGAAAGCUAUCAAAAAGCAACAGGAGCUCCUCUUAGUCCAAGCGCGAAAUGGACAUGUCAAAACGAACCUUCAGAGCGCCUACUCAUCCGAGAUGGACGGCAGAAGUCUGGACGUAUUUUGUGUGUCCAAUAAGUGGUACGAGAAGUAUUCCCUAAAAGGAAACACCGAGUUUGCAAGAGCGAGCGGAAUUCCAGAACUUCGACAUUUCUGUCACAGUCUGACCGCAGAUGCUCAACUGAGUGAAGCAAAACACUUUCUCAGGUUUAGGUUAUCUGCACUCUUUAAUACCCUUGAGUUAUGGGCUACAAGUUUGCUUGACAAGCAAAAUGCAAUCGAGAAGCUAAACGACUCUGUCCAAAUGAAGAUGAAGGAGGCUAUAGAUCAGUUACCCACACUGGUCAACACAUUUAGGCAGGAUUUCAGCAGAUGCUUUGAAGAGCAGAUAAUGACUUUCUUUGGUCAGUAUAACGCGUGGUGUCUCAAUAAUGGUGAUCAUCAGACAUUGAACCGAGGACACGAGAACUGGAACGCAAAGAUUAUCUGGAAAAUGCGCACGGAGCUUGAAAGCCAAUGGGAUCUUAUGGAAGAGGAAGUGACUGAUGUCUUCUCUGCCCUCCUGGAUGGUGUGAGGAAUAUUUUGGAUCAAUUAAAGCCUGGCGUUUAUGAGCUAUACGCAGUAUACCGCGAUGCGGCUAGCCAAAAAAGGCACAUUGAAGAGGGCCUGAUCUUCCCAAAAUUGUCCAUUGCUGUUGCGGAAAGCAUGAACAACUUAAUUACCAUUACUUCGACACGGCUCGGAAGUAUUCUCAGUGACUCCUUUGACAUUAUCCAAGCAGAUUUAAACAUCAUGUUCCAGUCUUGUGAACGAUCACAAGUGAGCCUAGCUGUCGAUGCCGGGGAAAGAGAAACUAAAAUCAAGGAAUUUGCGGAAGAAGUCAGGAAUUUGAAGCAGCGGCAUGAGCGUCUAUUGCGAACUGUUGAGGCUAUUUAG